AUGAGCUCCAACCAGGUCCCCAUCCCGGGCCCCAGGGGAGUUCCGUUCCUGGGGAACAUUUACGACAUUGAGCCUGAGGUCCCCGUCAACAGCUUCGAGCUGAUGGCCGAGAACUACGGUCCCAUUUACCGAUUGACUACCUUCGGCAGAUCCCGAGUGUUUGUCAGCUCACAUGAGUUGGUCGACGAAGUAUGCAAUGAGGAGCGUUUCAGCAAAAUGGUCUCAGCUGGUCUGCACGAGAUCCGUAACGGUGUGCAUGAUGGACUCUUCACAGCCAACUAUCCCGGCGAGGAGAACUGGGCUAUCGCCCACCGUGUGCUCGUUCCCGCAUUUGGUCCACUGAUGAUUCGCGGCAUGUUUGACGAGAUGUAUGACAUCGCUACACAGCUGGUCAUGAAAUGGGCGCGUCAGGGCCCCUCCACCCCGGUACAGGUCACAGACGACUUUACCCGCCUGACGCUCGAUACCAUUGCUCUUUGCGCCAUGGGUACCCGGUUCAACUCUUUCUACCACGAUGAGAUGCACCCAUUCGUCGAGGCCAUGGUUGGAUUGCUGGCUGGAUCUGGUAACCGAGCUUUGAAGCCUGCCUUGCUCAACAGUUUACCCACCGCAGAGAACUCCAAGUACUGGAGUGAUAUCGAGUAUCUUCGCAAUCUCGCCCGUGAACUGGUCGAUUCACGAAAGGAGAACCCCGUUGAGAAGAAGGAUCUUCUCAAUGCCUUGAUCUUGGGUCGUGACCCUCAGACUGGCCAGGGAAUGACUGACGAGUCCAUUGUCGACAACAUGAUUACCUUUUUGAUCGCUGGCCACGAGACAACUUCCGGCAUGCUGUCCUUCUUGUUUUACUAUCUGCUCAAAAGCCCGAACGCGUACAAGAAGGCACAGGAAGAGGUGGACCGUGUGAUCGGAAAACGUAAGAUCACCGUCGAUGACAUGUCCAAGCUACCAUACAUCACCGCCGUGAUGCGCGAGACGCUUCGUCUGAAGCCCACUGCCCCAAUGAUUGCCCUGCACCCUAACCCGACCAAGAACCAGGAGGACCCUGUGACCCUCGGCGGCGGAAAAUAUGUCCUUCACAAAGACGAGACUAUUGCUCUCGUUCUCACUAAGAUGCACCGCGACCCCAAGGUUUAUGGACCUGAUGCCGACGAAUUCAAACCCGAGCGCAUGCUCGACGAAAACUUCGAGAAGUUGCCCAAGAACGCUUGGAAGCCGUUCGGAAACGGCAUGCGAGGCUGCAUUGGACGGCCUUUCGCCUGGCAAGAGGCUCUUCUUGUGGUUGCAAUCUUGCUGCAGAACUUCAACUUCCAGAUGGAUAACCCCACCUAUGAUCUUCGCAUCAAGCAGACUCUCACCAUCAAGCCCAAGGAUUUCCACAUGAGAGCAACUCUCAGAGAUGGUCUCGACCCAACCCAGCUCAGCGCCACUAUCAGUGGUUCCGCUGGUGCGCCUGCAGAGACUGGCGCUGGUAGCAGAGAACGCAAGCCUAAGGUGGCUCCUGUGGAUGGAAAGCUGAAGCCCAUGCACGUCUUCUAUGGCAGCAACACCGGCACUUGUGAGGCUUUCGCCCGCAGACUGGCAGACGAUGCUACUGGAUAUGGAUAUGUAGCCAAUGUUGGUUCUUUGGACUCAGCAAUGCAAAACCUUCCCAAGGAUGGCCCCGUGGUCUUCAUCUCGGCUUCGUAUGAAGGAAAGCCCCCAGACAACGCUGCCCAUUUCUACGAGUGGCUCAGUGAGCUGAAGGGCAACGAGCUGGACGGCGUGAAUUAUGCCACCUUCGGCUGUGGCCACCAUGACUGGUCGACGACUUUCUAUAGUGUCCCCAAGGCCAUUGACGAGUUGGCUGCCAAGAAUGGAGCCCACAAGCUCUGUGAUAUCGGUCUUGCUGACGCGGCGAACUCCGACAUGUUCACCAACUUCGAUAGCUGGGGUGAGACCUCGUUCUGGCCGGCCGUGAUGGCCAAAUACGGCGGAGCCGCACCCGAACAGGCAGCCAAGUCAAAGUCCUCACUGCAAGUCGAAGUCAGCUCUGGCAUGCGUGCUUCGACCCUUGGUCUCCAGCUGGAAGAAGGAUUCGCCCCCGCAAAGCGAGUCGUCAAGUUCAAACUGCCGUCCGACAUGACAUACCAGUGCGGAGACUACCUUGCCGUCCUACCUGUCAACCCAACCCCAGUUGUCCGCCGUGCCAUUCGCCGCUUCGACCUUCCAUGGGAUGCCGUCCUCCGUGUCCAGAAGCCCCCCGGCUCAACUUCCUCCCCCUCCAUCCCCAUUGAUACCCCGAUCUCCGCAUUCGAACUCCUAUCCACCUACAUCGAGCUCUCCCAACCAGCCUCGAAGCGCGAUCUGAACGUCUUGGCCGACGCAGCCGUCGCUGACGCCGAAACCCAAGCCGAGCUCCGCUACCUCGCCUCAAGCCCAAGCCGCUUCACCGACGAAAUCGUCAAGAAGCGCGUCAGUCCCCUAGACCUUCUCACCCGCUACCCCGCCAUCAAGCUACCUAUCGGUGACUUCCUCGCCAUGCUCCCUCCGAUGCGCGUCCGCCAAUACUCCAUCUCCUCAUCUCCCCUCCUCGAUCCAUCCGAAUGCUCAAUCACAUUCAGCGUGCUGAGCGCACCCGCCCUCGCAGCCACCGGCACCGAAAGCGAAGAGCAAUAUCUCGGCGUGGCAUCAAACUAUCUCUCCGAACUCCAAGUCGGCGAGCGAGCCCAUAUCACCGUCCGCCCCUCCCACUCCGGCUUCAAGCCUCCAAUGGACCUAGACACACCCAUGAUCAUGGCCUGCGCAGGCAGCGGUCUAGCGCCCUUCCGCGGCUUCGUGAUGGAUCGCGCCGAGAAGAUCCGCGGUCGUCGCAGCUCCUCUGACUCAGAAGAGUUGCACGACGUCGUCAAGCCCGCCAAGGCAAUUCUGUACGUUGGGUGCCGCACUCAAGGGCAAGAUGAUAUUCACGCUGCGGAACUAGCGGAGUGGGCUAAGCUCGGCGCUGUUGAUGUUCGUUGGGCUUUCAGUCGUCCGGUCGAAGGCAAGGGUCAACAUGUGCAGGAUGCCAUGCUCGAGGACCGUGAGGAGUUAGUGCAGUUGUUUGAAGAGGGUGCUAACAUCUAUGUUUGUGGAAGUACCAAGGUUGGUGCUGGUAUUCGCGAGGCUUGUAAGGAGAUGUACAUUGAGAAGCGUCGUGUGAAGCACGCUGAGCUCAAGGAGAAGGGCGAGACGCCUGAGGGCGCUGACCUUGAUGAGGACCAGGCUGCUGAGCUGUUCUUUGAUAACUUGCGUACCAAGGAGCGGUAUGCUACUGAUGUUUUUACUUAA